UUAAUGAAUGAGACUUUUAAUUUUUCAAAUCAGUUUGUCGCGCGUAAUGAUAUCGACUUUUAUUUUUAUUUAACAGUUUCUGUAUAUUGUCGUAUACUAAAGUAUAUUCAGUAAAAUUAAAAGAAUAAUGUGUUAUAUCGGACCAUGACAGAAGUGACGAAAAUUUUAAUGUUCUGUUGUAAAUAAGAAAUCAUAGUUCACCAUGGUGUUCGAAUCGAUUGUGGUGGACGUGCUGAACAGAUUCCUGGGGAGCUACGUGGAGAACCUGAACAGGUCUCAGCUGAAGCUAGGAAUUUGGGGCGGCGACGUCGUGCUUGAAAAUCUUAUACUUAAACAGAAUGCCUUGGAAGAACUCAAUAUUCCUGUGCAGACAGUUUAUGGACACUUGGGAAAGCUGGUGCUUAAAAUUCCCUGGAAGAAUCUGUAUGGCGCAUCAGUGGAAGCAACAGUUGAACGUCUGUUUUUGAUUGUCAACCCUACUGCUGAAGUUAAGUAUGACCGUGAGAAGGAAGAGAAGAUCGAGCUGGCUGCCAAGCAGGCUGAACUGGCGAGGGUCGAAGAAGCCAAGAAGAGAGAGGCGCAAAAAGAUCAAAUUAAACUCGAUGAGACGUUUGUCGAGAAAUUGGCGACCCAAAUAAUAAAGAACGUGCAGCUGAAAAUCAAAGACAUACACAUACGAUACGAGGAUGGCAUUACGAAUCCUAAAGCGCCUUUCUCCUUUGGUAUCACUCUGCACAACUUGUCCGUCCAAACCACAGACGAAAACUGGCAGAAAGCACUCAUUACUGAUGCCGUUACCAAAAUUUUCAAGAUUCUAGACUUGGAAGGUCUAGCAAUUUAUUGGAACCCUGCCACAGAAGUGUAUUCCCGCUCGGAACCAAUGCAGAUAAAGGAUAGACUAUUGAAUGAGAUUGCGACAAAGUCGUCUAAGCCAGAAUUUUACCACUAUGCUCUGGGCCCAAUAAAUGCAACAGCAAAACUAAAACUGAACCCGAAGCCGGAAGGCGACACGCCUAAAUUUAGUUCGCCGAAAGUGAUCCUAAGUCUACACAUGGAGCAACUGUCAGUCAGCCUAACUAAAGCCCAGUACCAAGAUAUGAUGUUGCUGGCAGAUUCUAUGGACAGAAUGAACAAACAGGCCCCAUACAGAAAAUACCGUCCAGAUCUAAAUACAUAUAAACGCCACUACAAAGCAUGGUGGAAGUUUGCGUACACGUGUAUACUCGAAGAAGAGGUACGUAGACGACGCAGGAACUGGGAUUGGACGCAUAUGUUGGAACACAGACAGCUUUGCAAGGACUAUGCGACGGUCUACCAGUGUAAGCUGAGUAAUAAGGGCAAAGUCUCCUCAGAACAGCUAUGUGUUUUAGACAAGGCUGAGAAGCAUCUCGACCUCCUUAACCUCGUGGUGAUCAGACAGAAGAUUGAAAUGGAGGUUGAACGACUGGGUAAACUCGAAGAGGAAGCUAAGAAAAACAAAGGUUGGUUCAGUGGUUGGUGGUAUGGCAGUGGCUCUAAAGAAGACGAUUUGGCUGAAGGAACAGCUAUCAUGAAACAAUUCGAAAAAGCAAUGACGCCCGAAGAGAAAGAAAAAUUGUUCCGUGCAAUAGACUACCAAGAGAACUCGGCACCUUUACACUUGCCGGUCGAGUACGUAGCUGUAGAGAGCUAUUUCCAAUUGGAUCGGUUGCAGCUUAGAGUGACCGAUGAGGUCGAAGUGUUGAAGGCCUGUGUCGAUCAUGUUGAGGUUGAUAUGAAGCAGCGACCUAGUGCUAAUGCGUUGAGGGUGGAUGUCCAGAUGAAGUCUUUCAGUGUGACCGGGGUGCAGCAAGGCUCGUUUGAACCACAACUAGUCACCUCCAAGGAAGUUACAAACAAUGUCAAUUUGUUGAAUGUUGUCUUCGAAACGAAUCCUCUAGACGGUCUAUGCAACCAAAGAGUGAAAGUCUCCGCACGUCCUUUACAAAUAAUAUACGAUGCACAAACUGUCAUAGAAAUUGUGAAUGUUUUCAAACCAGAAACCGAAUCUUCUGCGUUGACAACGUUACAAGCUGUGGCAGAAAACAAACUGUCGGAUCUCAAAGAGAAGUCUGCAUUAGGUAUGCAGUAUGCUGUCCAUCACCACACAUUUAUAGACCUUGACAUUGAUAUCGCCGCUUCAUACAUUAUAGUUCCCAAAACUGGUAUCUACAAUGAGGGUGGUGCUUGUGUGGUAGUCAAACUCGGUGCCAUAAAAGUGAAGUCUGAGCCUCGUUCCCAGGCUUUAGAUGUUCACAAAUUGUACAAGGAGGGGUUGGCCGAUGAAGAUAUACUAAGAGAGAUAGCACGUCACAGCUAUGAUAAAAUGGCUCUUGAACUUACUAAAAUGCAGAUAGUUAUUGCACAUGCUGAUGAGGACUGGCAGUCGGCAAUAUCAUCGACAAACGAUGAAGGCACGCCCCUACAUUUACUUCAACCCACCAACUUAGUUAUACAGAUACAUAAGUGUCUGAUCACUGACGACCCGCGCUUGCCCAAGGUCAGGGUCAUAGGAGAGUUACAGAAGAUUGCCAUCAGUGUUUCCGAAGAUAGAUUAUUGGCAUUAUGCGAAAUAUUAGUAAGCAUGCCUCUACCAAAAUCAGAUGAAGCUACGCAACUAAAGAUAUUUUGCUACAAAUUUGCGUACACUAUGACUGGUUCUGUGAUAGAGCCAGCUUAUACAGUUAGAAGUGCUCACCCGAGCCAGGCGCUGGUGCAAAGUGAAUCGAAAGCGUCAAGUUUGUCGCUACUGAAAUAUUUGGAUCCUAUGGAGAAACAGAAGCGUGAGGCGGCUCGCGCUAAAGAGAAGAAGAAGAAAGAUGAGCAUACUGUGCAAAUGACUGAGGUUGAAGCUUUCUUUAUUAUGAAAGCGCUGUUAGAAAUGACCGCUGUACAGAAGACAUUUACACUAGAAACCAUAAUCCGUUUGGGAUCUGUGAAGUUACAGCAUCAUAGAGUUGGGUAUGGACUGUCAGUCUUAGAUAUCAUUGAGACACCCGAAGUCGUGAUAAAAGAUCAGUGUAUUGAAAAUGUUGCAAUCGAUAAAGUACACACACAGUAUCAGAAUCGAUACCUAUUCACUGUCACAUAUAGAAAUGUUGAUAAAAAGUGCCCAGAUUUUAGAGGCAUUUAUGGUUCCGUAGAACAAAUGAUUGAGUUGGAUUUCACUAAUUUGAGAGUUCUACUACACCUUGAAGGCUUGCGCGAGAUCCUUGUGAUCGUAAAUGAAUAUCAGACUCGAAUGCAAGCUAUUCAGAGUACAGUCGAUAGAACAGCUAAUGCUGGACCACUGGAAACAAUCAUGGAGGAUGAAGAGUUUGUCACAGCUAAGUCUAAAGCUAGUGUAACAAAGCCAUCACGUCAAAAGCAGGUGGAGAGCAUACAAAUGAAAGUCAACUGUAAGAUCGGGGCAAUAGAGAUAGUUUUCGCUACGGAAAAGCGUCCUUUAUCCGUGGUACAGUUGCAAGGUGCUGCGGCCGGCCUAGUACUUAAGGCGUCUUACACACAAGUUGAUUGUACCAUUGCAUCUAUUAAAGUAGAAGAUCUCAAUCCUGCGACUGUGCAUAAAGAGAUACUCAAAGUACUCGGCGGGGAUGUGAUGAAUGUACAAAUAGUGAUGUACAACUUGGACACCUUUCCAAGUGUCAGUGAUGUGAAUAUGUCGAUAGAUUGCCAGGUCAGCUGUUUGCGCAUUAUCUUCCUCAACUGGUUUGUCACCUCUAUGUUGGAAUUCCUGAACAACUUCCAAACAGCCCAACAGGCGAUUAUUGACGCAUCAUCACAAGCCGCAGACGCAGCAAGGGCAAACGUACAAAACGCUUACACAAAUUCAACAAAGUUAUCCCUUAAAGUACGCCUAGCUGCGCCUAUCAUUAUUGUGCCAGAAAACUCCAGGAGUAAUAACGCAAUGCUCAUAGAUUUGGGUGUGAUAACUAUAAACAACAAGUUCGUGGACCUGAAUGUCGUUGAUGUCAGCAACAAAGUAACAGUGGACGAGUUAACUCUUGAACUUGAAGAUAUGAAAGUGUCGUGUGUGAAGCUAGAAGAUAAUUACAAGGACGCUAUACAAGAAAGGAAGUUGCUGCGGCCGACCAGUUUCAAACUGUUCGUUAAACGUAGCCUUUCAAGCUGGUAUGAAUCAUUGCCAGACUUGGAUAUUUCAGGCAGGAUGAAAACCAUUGCCAUCACAGUAGGUCAUAGCGACUACAAGAGUAUUAUGAAAAUACUUAACCAAAAUCUGCAAGAAGGUGCAAAGGCCGAAGAUAAAGCCGCUGCAGGACUAGCUAAAACUGCGUCGAAGGCCACUGUGAGACCGAGUAAAACACAGUCCAAGUCUGUGGCUGCCGUUAUAUCGUCCAAGGAGAAUAUAGUAAAAAAGCCUAGAACUACUAUUAAGUUCUCUUUCACUAUGGACAGCUUCGUCAUAGAUCUACUUAAUACCAUUUCCACUGUACAAGACGGAGAAUAUUCAAUGUUCUCCCAAGACGUGGAUCUUGCGCGUUUCUGUAUGGCACUGCUCUCAGUGAAAGGCAGAAUGCUAUCAGAUGGUUCUAUGCAAACCUCUGUGUUACUUGUCGAUUGCACGCUCGAUGACACACGACCAGGCAGAGGGAGUAAGCUGACCAGAUACCUAGAAAGACGUCGGUCCCACAGAUCCGACUCUAUUACUGGUAACGACAGUGCGAUGGAGGCGCCUGACAAGAUACGCAGCAUGAUCGACGUUACCUACACAAUGAAGAAUAAUGAUACAUUCAUUGACAUGAGAAUCUUCAGUUUUGAUCUUAUAUUGGCGAUGGAUUUCCUGAAUAAGAUCGCGGAGUUUAUGACGACCGGAAUGGCGGACGAUGGACAGAAACCGAAAGAUGAGGCAGCAGCCCCGCGAAUGCCUGAUAAAUCUAUUGAUGUUGUAGCGAAGAGGAAAUCUACAGCAGUAUCGACUGCAGUAGCCGAACCACCAUUACUAUCAAUGAUGACAGUCAAUAUAAAGAUUGAACAACCAGAUAUUAUUCUCGUGGAAUCCCUAGAAAUGAAACAUUGUGAAGCUUUGGUGUUGAAUAUGGAGGCACGGUUCAAGCUGAGGCGCAGUGUGGAGCGUAUGGUGGCAGACGGAGGGAUAUCCGGACUACAGAUGGUGGUGCGGACGCUGGGCGCCGACGGGCGCGGCCUGCAGCCGCCGGCGGGCGCGGGCGCGGGCCCGCGGUACUUGCUGGCGCCCACGCACCUGUCGCUGGCACUGUCGCAGCCGCCCUGCAGCGGGAUGCACAUAGACCUCGCCAUCACUGACAUCAAGAUCACCGUGUCGCCUGAUAUCAUAGCCCUACUAAAUCGUGUGUUGGCGACUAUGACAAGCAGUGACGAAAAUAACCAAGUAGAAGAAAACCAGGCAAUAUUCUACGAUCAUCUGUGGGCCAUCCAACCUUUCAAUCCUAAUUCUUAUUGGUUCUUAAAAACAGAAAAAGCAGUGGAAGCAAUCGACGCUGAGGACGACGCAUAUGUAGAGAUGGACGCGAAUCCUCCAGUUGGGGAGAUUUGUUUGUUGUCCUGUCCAUCGAUCAUCACGUCCUUUGAAAUGGAGAUCGGUAAUGAGACUAUACCUGUGCUGGUCAUGCAAGCUUCUCUCACUGGACAAGUCAAAGAUUGGAGUUCGGAUUUCUACGCCGAGUCGACAUGGGCAAUGCAAGUGUCGUACUAUAACAUUCAACGCGCAGUAUGGGAGCCACUUAUAGAACCUGUGGAAGUGCUGAAAGAUUACCAAUAUAAACACGUGCCUUGGGAACUUAAAAUGGAGGUAGUGAUGCACGCACAAGAGGCGCCAACAAUAAUAGACACGACAGAUGAAGCUGUUAACUUGCAAGCUGUGGCCCAGAGACAAGCUCGUAAGACUGUCACCUUGUCCAGUAGUGAACCACUCGAGAUCACCAUUACUAGGACUGGCAUGGAGGUGUUGACUUUACUAGGAAACUCAUUUUCUGCCGCUGGGGAAACGUCUUCCGAGGGGACAACCACUUCAAAGUCCAAAGUUGAUCCAUUUACAAAGACCUUCCUCGGGGCCCCUUACGUUCUACACAACUGCACCGGUCUCACGGCUAAGUUGAUGUUGAAAGAAAACCACGACUUCACUGUUUGUCUUACUGAAGAAUAUGUUUCGUCGGACUACAGGGAAGUGGUUUUGGAACCGGGCGCUUGUGUGCCAUUGCAGCUUAAACAUGGCGGAUUGAAUUUGAUGAAACUGAACGAACCACCACCUCCACUCAAAUUAAGUGUUAAGAUUGUGGAAAUAGAAGACGAGGUCCAGAUCCCCGUAGACCGUGCAGACAAGCGUUACUUCCCUCUAGGUCGCAAGUUGUCAGGCAAUGCGAUCGAGAAGAAUGUUCCGCACGUGGCCGCCAUAGAGCCGCGCGGACUCAUCUCUGAUGUCGUCAUGCAGGACGCCGCGCUGCAUAUCUAUCUUAGAAGUGUUGUACAGGUUACAAACACAUUGUCAGUGAAUGUAUCAGUAUACUACAUGACACUGAGUGGUAACGAGGUGCGUCUGCUGGGCGAGGUGAAGCCGGGGGAAAUCAUACGACUACCACUGCAGGCAGUGCAUACUCCCACUGCUGAGCUAUUCUUUUCUGUUGAAGGUUUCACAGUAUCAGUAUCACCAUUCAUCUGGCGUGAACUGCAACAAGAAGUUAAUAUAUCCAGACUACUGCAGUGUGAUUCUAAAGAUAAGAAUAGUGGAGAGAAGUUCUAUAUAAAGGCGGUCGGCACAAUGGAGCAAGUAUUCUACGAGCACACAACCCGUCAUACAUUCGCGUCGUCUUGCUACGACAUUGUACUCAAACCUGCCGUCAAACUACAGAACUGUCUGCCAGUUGAGAUCGUAGUCUCACAACUUGGAUUGAAGAGAACUCAAGUGUUCCGUCCUGGAGAGAUGUUCCAUUUGUCUCAUUUAUCGCCGAAUAGAGCGUCUAUUGUUAUUAUGAUCCAAAACUAUCUCGACAAAUGUUGGGUAUGUACGAAAAAUCUUCCAGAAAGUGAUACUGAGCUGUCAGUAUGGUCGUUUGAAUCUCACGAUAGUCCAUCAGUAAUGACGUUAGACUUGGGUAUGCAUAGUGUGGAUUUGGAGGGCACACAAGUCUUGUCACUGUAUUGUCCUUUCUGGAUGCUCAACAAAACAGGAUUCACUUUAUGCUACAGGAAAUCAAAGAAACCAGAAAAAGACUCCAGCACUCCCAGCAAGAAUGUGGACGAAACUGGUAACGUGAUAUUCCAUCCUAAAGAAUAUAAGGAACCGAUACUAUUCUCAUUCCGUGCAAAGAAUUUCUUCGGCAAGAAGAAAGCUGCUAUUCGCGUUGAAUUUGGUGAAUGGUCCGAUAAGUUCUCGCUUGAUGUUCCUGGAAGCUCCGGUGUUGUGCUGUGCAAGCACGAGGGCAGAACGUAUCAGGUGGCAGUUACAAAUCAACUUACAUUCAACAGUUUGACUAAAAUGGUGAUAUUCACGCCAUAUUUCUUGAUCAUCAAUGAAGCGCCUUUUGAUAUCCAAUAUCAGGAGCUACAUAGAUCUGGUGACCCUUGGACUACGGUGGCACAAAACUCAAGCGCUCCGUUGUGGCCUGUUAUAGAAAAAGAAGACAAACUAUUAUUAUUGCGCGUCGCUUGCUCCCCAGUACAUGCUGCUCCAUUCUUAUACACCGAACAACAUUCAGUCUGCUUGAAGCUGGACAAUGAAUUUGGCGGUCUACACGUCGAAGUACAGCUGAGUGAAGGCGGCACUUACAUCACAGUGCGACAGUACCGCGACGGACACGCGCCUGCCUUACUCGUCAACUAUACACCGCACAAUAUCACUGUCUAUGAGAAGGAGAACGUUAAUGUUAAGUUUUUAAAAUCAAUGCAUAAGAUGUUGUACACAUGGGAUAACCCAGCUGGACCGCGCGUUCUAAUAUUUGAAAGUCACAAAAAGAGAGAGAUCGAAAACGACUUGAGGAAAGACGGUCUUGGACAUUUCAUGAUCAACGAUCACACCAAGAUACAUUGGGUCUCGUUCCUGGACGGAUUGCAGCGCGUGAUACUAUUCACAGACGACAUCAUUCUAGCCAGCAAUGCAUAUACUGUUGGUGAAGCGGAAUCCGUGGACACUGAACUAGUAUUGUCCAUGCAAGGCAUUGGACUGUCCUUGGUAAACGACCCGGAACAACUCGAAAUUGUCUACAUCAGUAUAUCCAAUUCUGGUAUAAUAUGGGAACAGUGCAAACCCGGUGCACGCCGUUACAAAAAGAUCGAAGGAACAAAAGUAUUGCAAUUAGAAGAGUGCUACCAAAGAUAUAUAUCUGAAAAGAUGGUCAACGACGAGCCUGUGGUUCCUCGUGUCUUUAUUGAUGAGAAAGUUGAGGUGGACUUCGAGGAGCUGCGCCAGCUGAAGCCGGCGGUGCGCAUACUGCGGCGCACGCUGCAGCCCGGCCUGUGGGCCUCGUACGGGCUCACGGCGCACUCGCGGCGCCUGCACGCGCGCCUGCACCGCCUGCAGAUCGACCAGCAACUGCCGCUGCCCACCUUCCCCGUCGUGCUCGCACCAGUGCCCCCGCCCCGCUCCAUCACCAACGAAGAUCCCAGCGGUAUGAAGCCGUUCAUUGAAGUGUCGAUAGUGGAACGAUUGAUGGAACACAGCAAAGUGCGGCAAUACAAGUACUAUAAGGUGUUGAUACAAGAGUUCCAUGUUAAGGUCGAUAUGGGACUCGUCAACGCUCUCAUGGGCAUGUUCCCUCAACGAUUGCUGAAUGAACAGGAAGCGCUGGACGCAUUCCAACUCGAUUUAGAGAAGGCAGGACAACCAUUAGAAGCGUUAGCUGCUAUAGGUGUGGCAUCAGAUCUCAAGAAUUUCUACGACAAUUUACAUUUGUCACCGCUCAAGGUUCAUGUUUCGUUCUCUCUCGGUGGAGCUACUCAACUGCCAACGUUCGUUGGCACAGUUCUCCAGAGCAUUGGCGUAACGUUGACAGAUAUGAACGAUGUAGUUUUCAAAUUGUCCUACUACGAAAGGAACUAUGAGUUCUUAUCUCAGAAGGAAAUGAUUGGUCAAGUUCAGAGCCAUUACACGGGACAAGCACUAAAACAACUGUAUGUGCUUGUGCUUGGACUCGAUGUAAUAGGCAACCCCUACGGAUUGGUCGUCGGCUUGAAGAAAGGUGUGGAGGAUCUCUUCUAUGAGCCAUUCCAGGGUGCUAUCCAAGGUCCAGGAGAAUUUGCCGAAGGUUUGUUCCUGGGAGUGAGGUCACUAGUGGGGCACACAGUGGGUGGCGCGGCCGGGGCAGUGUCUAGGAUUACGGGCGCCAUGGGACAUGGACUCGCUGCCUUGUCUCUCGAUAAGGACUACCAACGUCGUCGUCGCGACAAUAUUAACAAGCCACCUGCGAACCUUCAAGAAGGUCUAGCCAGAAGUGGUAAAGGACUCGUCAUGGGCGUGGUAGACGGCGUGACAGGGGUAUUCACGAAGCCCAUAGAGGGCGCUCGUGAGCAGGGAGUGGAAGGGUUCUUCCGGGGACUCGGCCGGGGCGCAGUGGGGCUUGUGGCCAGACCCACUGCCGGCGUUGUGGACUUCGCGUCCGGGUCACUCGAUGCCGUCAAGAGGAGAAUAUUUCGCUAUGACUGUAUGUUAACUGAAUGUCAGGGUGUAGUGGACGGAGUCCGCGGCGUGUUGAUACGUCCGAUACAAGGGGCGCACGAGGGCGGCGCGGGGGGGUUCGUGAAGGGUCUCGGCCGCGGCGCCGUGGGCCUCGUAGUGCGCCCCGUCGGCGGCGUCGUCGACUUCACCUCCGGACUACUCACAUCUGUUAAGAGAGCGGCGGAUUUGUCUGAGGAGGUGACCAAACGUCGCCCAGCGCGAUACAUGGCUCCUGACUCGGGAGUCAGGCCAUACUCCAGGCUGCAAGCUGAAGGAUACAAAAUGUUAUUCGAGUUGGAAAAGGGCAAAUACGUCAGCACUGAUAGAUAUGAAGCUCACGUGUGGGUGAUCCCUGGCAAGGAGGUGGUCAUGUGCACAGACAAACGGAUGUUAUACAUUGAGAAGAAUAAUGUGUUCGGCGGGUGGCAGAUUGUGUGGUCGUACCUAUGGGCUGAUCUUCCCGAAGUGCCAACAGCGGUGAACAAGGGCGUGUACAUCCCGACUGCGAAGAGGAAGGUGCUCGGAAUGUUCCCGACGUCGGGCUCCGGCAAGGUGAUAUUCCUCUACGACGAACAACAGAAGAAGUACUUGCUCGCGCAGUGCCAGCGCCUCAUGCAAUCACGUUGACAUGAGGCAGUAGAAAGAAUCUCGCCUACCGAGUGGCUGGCACAGUUCUUUCUACUUAUAUUUGAUUCUCGCACCGCAUUGCUUACUUUCGCCUAUCACUUUAACAUGCACCACCUCGGUCCGAAAGGCUUCCGCUAAUCUCUUCCUCUCCGCAGUGAGCAGUGCUUCAUAUGGACUAUAUAUUAUGUUUAGUGUAUCGAUGUUUUGAGAACCGUGUGCUUGCUAUAUUUUUUAUAAUACCUUUUUUACGUGAUGGUGUCAAUGCAAUUGAGUAUGCUGAGUACAAUUGUGGAAUUCAAUAUCAUGGUAAAGACAUUUUGUAUGUAGUUAGAGUUUUGAUUGAUUUUUACAUAUUUUUACCAGUUAGAUGUGCUAUGAGAGAGACAUUGUAAUUACUUUGGAAUAUCGUUGAACAGAAUGUUUAUGAACUUUGUGACAGCAACCCAGAUAUUCGUGAUUAUAUAAAUGCUUUUAGUACAAAUCAUUUGUACGACUUUCAAUAUAACUACGUUAUGUUAUAUUACCUUUUCCCUUUUUCUGCGACUUUAAAUAUUUUUAAAGUAUUUUCAAUUGUAUUUAAAUAUAUCACUAUGCAUUUACCUAUUUAAGAUUAAAUAUUCUGUAAGUUGUUACAAGAUUUCAGUCUUCCCUCAUGUACCUACUUAUUUAGACUUGUAUUAUUGAGUUUAUAUGCCGUUGAUAUUACAAUUUUUAAAGUUUAUACACAAAAAUAAAUUAACAUGUAAAAAAUCUCGAAUCAUUAACAUCUGUUGGAAAUACUCAGUUCGUCAACAUUUUGGUCAUAGACUUAAAAUGUUGAGGUUCUAUUGGUUAUGUUAUGAUAUACUUUUAUAGACUAUAUGUUACGUUAUUCGCAAUGUGUUGUUAUUGUAAGUUUAAUAUUACGGAGACAAAAUCAGUGAAGUAAGUGUAUUUAUUCUGUAUAUUAUUAUGUUUUCUUAUCGAAGCCUGAUAGUACAAACAUUCAAAAAGAGUCGAAUUUUUUAUACAUUGCAAUGUUUGUGAAUUAAUGGCAAAGCUAAGAGCCAGAAUGGCUUCAACUGCUGAGGCUUUCCAUACCAGUGCCUUAAGAUCGAUGUUUAGAACGCUGAUAUUUGUUUUUUUGCUCUAAAACUCUUUAUUAAUGAUUGCUUUAAGUUUUUAGUUACAUUGGAAAUAGUGUUUAUUUGAAAACUAAGUUAUGUUAGGUUGAGUGCACAAUUAUAUUUGCUUCGCCGUUGUGCGCUAGCAUUAUCAAUGGCUUCGAGAUGUAAAAUUUUCUUAAUUUUUUAAAUAUGUUUAUUUGUUGAAGCGUUUACGCGUAAUAGGUACGUUUAAUUAGAUCUAAAGUCAACUUUGUUAUUAUUGCCUGUUGCACAAUUUACUUAUUUGGAUUUCGUUUUGUCUUGUUCAAGCUUGUGUAAGAACAUUUUCAAUAUAAACAAUAUACAAUAAAAUGUGUUUUAUUCUAAUUGUAU